AUGGGUAUGCAAACACAGCAGUAAAAUAAUGAAGAGCAGCACAUUCUAGUAUUGCAAAAUUAAUUGAAUCAAGAUGAUAAGAAUGAUAUUCCACUAGCCAAUGAUCUUGGGCCUGCCAUGAUCCCAUAGACUAUUGACACUGUGUUAAUUGAAGAGUUUGAUGUUAAUGCAGAUAUUCCACUAAACAAUUUAGUUGUUUAAGAAUAAGUCCUUAAUAUUCAUCACACAGAUGAUCCACUUGAAGUUAUAAUUGAGGAAUAAUCAUAGGCUUUUGACGAGACAGGGGUAUUCUUGACUUUACCGAAUGGAGGGGAUCAAUUAGCUCAAUCUCUUUAGUUCACAGCAAAUGACUUAAAUGGCUCUAUAGUCGUUUAAGAUUAAAAUAAUGCUGAGUUAUCAAGAGUUAUGACUGAAAUGUAUCUAAAGUAACUGGCGGAAUAUUUGGAAAUAGAAGAAAACCAAGGAAGUUCAGAGGAUAAAAGUAAAGAUUUGAAGUUGCUUGAAGAUAAGUACAAAGCUUUUAAGAAGUAAUAAUCAGCAUUAACAAUUAAGAUGUUUAUAUACUAUCUAUAGGAAGUAUUUGAAGAAGAAGACAAGCGUUGA